AUGAAGGGCAUUGCUAUUCUCGCUGGCCUACUGGCUACUGGUGCCUCUGCACACAUGCAAAUGAUGAAGCCCUAUCCUAUCCGCAGUCCUCUAAACAAGGACAGCGACGAGAAGAAGGACUACUCAUACACCAACCCACUGAAUCCAUCCGGUGCUGACUACCCAUGCAAGGGCUACGCCAACGAUCCCUUCCAGUCCCAGGCCAGCUACGCUCCCGGCCAGACCUAUGAGCUAGAGCUUGACGGCAGUGCUACUCACAGCGGCGGCUCUUGCCAGCUCGCCCUGACUUACGACCGGGGCAAGACAUUCAAGGUUAUCGAGUCCAUGCUCGGCGAGUGUCCUAUUUCCAAGAAGUAUGACUUCCAGAUCCCAUCGGAUGCCCCGACGGGUGAGGCCCUUCUGGCCUGGACCUGGUUCAACAAGGUCGGUAACCGUGAGAUGUAUAUGAACUGCGCUAUGGUUACCAUCGGUGGCUCUAGUAGCAGUGGAAACAAAACCCAGUCCAGCACGAGCAAUGGCAAGAAUUCCCACGGCAAGAAGGUCAUUGAUGGCAAGACGGAUGCUGAGGAGAUGAAGAACAUGAAUCACCCGCCUAUGGAGCACACCACGGAGCGACGUGACACCACUGAUACGACCGUCAUGAUGGGUCAGUCCAAGACUACCGCAUUUAACAGCCUACCUGCCCUGUUCGUCGCCAAUGUUGCCCAAACCGGUGGUUGUGUCACUAUUGAAGGCGAGGCAGUUGACUUUCCCGAGCCCGGCUCAAACGUGCUGGGCAAGAUCGAUGGCAGCGGCAAGGGCUACAAGUGCACUGGCAAAGCUCCUUUCCUCCCCAGUGAUAGCACUAGCAGCACCAGUAGCACCAGUAGCGGAUCAAACACUGGCACCAGCUCGAGCACCAGCAGUACUUCCACUCCCACUUCCUCUUCCAACUCAACUUCGUCUGCCAACUCCUCCAACUCGGGCCCGACCAAGAACAACAGCAGCGCCUCGUCCUCGAACAAGGCCGAUGGCAAGGCCGACAACAAGCCUGCCACCACUGCUACCAGUACCGCUACCACUUUGGCUCAGGCGAUGUCCAUGAUUGCCUCGGCCUUUGGUACUCCUUCAGCCGACCCCCGUGUCCUGGGUAGCCAGUCUAACCAGGCUGCUUCCACCAACAAUGCCUUCUCCAGCUACGUUGUCCAGUGGACUUGCACUUCUGGUGAGAUCUUGUGCUCUCCUGAUGGAUACAGCUGGGCUAUGUGCUCCAACCAGCGUCCUAUCUUCAUGGGCAAUGUCGCUCCUGGUAUGAUCUGCCACUUGGGCCAGAUGGUCGCUUCCGGCUGGUGA